AAAAGACGGAGAAAUGUUUGACAGUGUAGGUAAAUACACUAAUUGACAUAUAAUUAUUUCAGUGAGGACACAAGUGACAACGUUACUGACUCUCUUCUUGACGAACAGUUAGACAUUGUAAUGAACGAGAUAGACAGUAAUAACGUUGUUGAAAAACCUAUUCUAAGGAGAAAAAGAGAAAUUACCGACGACAGUUCUAACAGUAAUACUAACAAUACAGAUAAGAUCUCCCAAAGGAGUGAUAGUGAUGAAAUAAUGGAAUACAUAGAAAUCGACCCAACAGAAGACGAUGACGAAGAAAAUGUACAUGAAGAUAGUGAACGAGGAAAAAGACAAAUUAGAUAUUAUUUAAAAAAUGGUUAUAAAACUGCAGUUAAAAAUUGGCCCAAUUCAAAACCCAUCAAAUUUAUCGAUUUACCUCCUCAUGCUAGUAGCCAAAAUAUAAGACACCAUCAGUCAUCAUUGAACGGACUUCAUAAAAAUAAUUUGUAUGAUGCCUCCAGCAAACCUCAUACAGCCGUUAACAAUAUAUAUUCGACUGCAAAUCCUUUUGCGUACCAAAAUGAUAACACACAAUCUCAGAGGCCAUUUAAGGCUAGUCCUUCUGAUCCAUUCAGUCAAAGGUUACCCCAUAAUCCUAUGAAUUCUGCUACUCAAAUUAUUACAAAAAGCCCACCAAUAUCAGCGCUGAAAAAUAGUGAAAACCCCUUUGCAGCAUUGGCUGGAGGAUUUUAUAAUAAUGCUCCAAAACAAAAUAAUCAAAACUCUAACCGCCAUCCUGCUCAGUCAUUUUAUACUAAUAACCAGAAUAGUCAUAAUAUAGUGCAUGACUCAUCUCUUUUGCCAAGUUCGGUAGUCACUGGUAAACCAGUUUCAAACAUUUCGCCAUUUAACAAUGCACAGAGAAGUCCAUCACAACCAAUAAAAGGCGAAUCAAAUCGACCUGAUGCCAAUAAUGGACCUAAUAAACAAGAAAAUUAUAGUGAUGAAGACACAUCGAAUGAAAAUGAUGACGAGGAGUCUUCUGAAGAAAGCUCUUCAGAAAAUGAUGAUGAUGACGAAAAAAGUCACUUUAAAUUUGAUUUUCCCGAACCACCGUACGAAUUUACACAUCCCAGAAAUAAAUUUGCUGAUAUUGAAAAUCCAUUUGCAAAUCCCAAUUUCGAUUUUGAUGCAUUCUUAGAAAAACUUAGGGAUGAGCAUUAUGAAGCUAUAGGUGUCACAACGCCGAAGCCAAAAGUGACUCAAAAUGCUGCAUUAAUCACGAGACCAUCUGAACGGCCUACCUCUGUAUCAGUAAAUUCUGGAAUAAGAUCAUCCACAUUAAAUUAUCAGGGUAUGAGUACUCCUCGACCAUUUAGCUCAAUUAAUCUCCCCAGCACUUCUGUUGAUUCUAGUCAAAUUAAUUCAAACGUGCUUACAACGAAACAACCUGAAAAAUCACAACAGUUGAAUUUUAGACCACAUUAUCAUCAUCAGCAGACUGUUAGAUUCAAUAAUGACCAAACCCAGGAUGUUCAACAGAGCGCUGGUACACCAUUAGACGCUGCAUUGCCAAAACUGAAACCCCCAAAUUUUAGAGAUGAACGCAUUUUACCAAUAAGUUAUAACUUUAAUAAACCCAUAGAUUCGACACAGAGACCUAAUUUAAACCAUACACAGCAUAAAGGAGAAACUCAGCAAGUGUAUUCUAUAACCCAGAGGCCAUAUUUAUUACAAACGGGAACAGGAGCGCCUAUAUUACUUUCUACACCUAAAUUACAAUAUUUGAUAAAACAAGAAAAACCUGUAACGGGUCGUCCAUAUUUUAUUUCAACUGUAAAGCCAUAUCUUGUAUCUUCAAUUAAACCUCAUAAUGCAUAUUUAUCUUUCAAACAAUCAACAUCAAAACCAUUAACAACUUUAGCUAAUGAACAACUGGCAGCUCUUCAACAUUACUGGAACCGUCCAACGACAGAAUUAUAUUUACAUUCAACUCCAAGACCAACUUCGUUCUCAAAUCUUCCCAAGCUUGAAAACUUAUUUGCACAAACAUUUAGACCGUCGGUGCAAUCUCCAGUUAAUCAAAAUACCGCAAUUUCUAUCAAAGACUCAGUCCCUACUACAACGAAACAACCAGCAAAGCGAAGACCGAUUCCAAAACCAUCUCCCGAAAUGGCCGACUAUUACUACGACGAUGAAGAUGAGCAAUAUUAUUAUGAACCGCCAGUCAAAUCAAUUUACAUGCCCAGUUCCGAGAUAAAACCACAAAGACCACCUAUGGCUCAAAAUUAUCAAGAAUAUGAUGACAGUGAGAGUUACGAAAGUGACGAAGAUGAACCAACAGUUCAUAUUACUCCUCAACGAGCAAAUUAUCAUCAACCGUCUAAUUAUAAAACAGAAUCAGCCACUAAAAAUCAUAAUGAUGUUUCCGUUGUUACAAAAGCUCCUCACAAAGAACGACAAAAGACUAAAAUACCCGUUCCGGUCAUGGUAGAUUUUGUUUCGCCUGCACCAACAGUAUUGAUGCGUCCUGAAGUAUCUAACUAUGAAAUCGUUCACCAUGCACCUAGGAAUAGGACAUUCCACAUAAGAAAACCAGGCCAUAAUAAUGGACCUUUUACUGCUAGACCUCCAAAAUAUUUAAAUCAGACUACUCUAAGACCGUACACAGUUAGGCAUAGGCUGGCUAAACCCACUACCGUAAAGGAAACUACUCAAACUGAAGACAACAAGCAGAAUAGAGGCAGGAUACGACACCACAACCUGGUAGCCCAGACGAAGAUGACUACUCCUCGUGACAAUCAUAACCAGGAGACUCGAUUAACUAAGACUAGACACGAUGACAAGACAAACAGGUACGACUGACAACACAGAACCUAUACUUGACCACUUUGUACAUAUCCUAUGCACUAUUUUUAUUUUAGGCUUU